AUGCUCAGUCCGGCCGCUACACUUUCUCUGACGGAGGUGAGCAACCUAGAUCUUCUGGCAAAACUCGGCAACUCUUGUCAUGUCUUCACUGCUGCCAAUCCAAACUCACCUGGUCUCGCCCUAGCUAGCUUCUGGGCCAAAUAUCCCUCUCCGUUUACAACUCGAUACGCCCCGGUCUCCCCGAAGGCUAUUCAGAAAGAGCUCUCGAAAUAUGUAUGGAAUAUGUGGAAUAAGGAGUGGGUGUCAUUGUCAACCAACUUGAGCGUAAAAGCCUUCUUCCCUGAUGUGUACUCCGCCAACAGGCUCCUCAAAGUAAAAACUAGUGCAAUCUCUACCCAGCUACUCACAGGCCACUGCCCCCUAAAUGCUCACCAACAUCGGCCUCUUGAAGCAUAUCUUAUUUGCUCUGUUCCGGUGGCUAGGAAUGGGGUCCGGGAGCGCGCGUUCCCGUUGGCCACCUAUCCAGCCACUGGAGACUAUGGUCUCACUGCCUGUGUGAGGGCUCUCUUGGACAGACUAGCGCUUUCCUCGGAGACGCCCUCUGCUCGCUUCUCGUGAACCAGUAGCUCAAUUUUAUGAAAUCAGCCACUAGAGUACAGUGUUGUCAUUGUUGAUGGUCUGGUAUUUUAAUUUAGCCCCUCUCCUAUUCUCUCUAAUAAUAUCAGCUCGUCAGGCCGGGGCUCUGGGAACUGCUGUCGGGAACCCAUAGGGGAAUGUAGCUAUGCCGGCGACCACCGGCUGGUGGUCUAGAAGGUCUAACCAAGCCGGACAGGUACUCAAAUCCCCUUUGGUCUUGCCCCGGCACGCCCGCACCAGAGCCGCCGCGCAGGCCCAGUUUCCCAAAUUUAUGUACAACUCUCUAGUCCUAUGGAACGUUCCCUUUUGUAAAACAUGUAACUUUGAUGCUAAUCGGGUGAAAUACACGGGGCAAUACUCGGUCUUCGA